AUCUCUGCGCCGCGGAACCAAGCGCUCUCUUAACGCUGUUUUGCCUCGAUGAACCACCAGCCUGUCUGCGUGUUCCGCUCGAACCUGCGGCGCCGUUGUUGAGCUGAGAAGCCGAGCGACCUGAAACGAUGUCGUGUGCCCGAUGGUUAUUUGGUGCCGUGUUUCUACGAGCGGAACGGUGUUGGGAUCGGCACGGGAACGUUACGCCCGAGUUUGGAGGCAGUUAGCUUGAGCUAGCACUUAUGGGACGGGCUCUUGACAUCACAAGUCACGCGUGACUUUAAUGAGCAAACUGGAUCUGUCCUCCGGGUAACUCUGGUCCUGCUCGUGUGUCCGACGUCAUCUUCACGCCAGUGUGGUGGUGGUGGAGCUGGCGCUAGCGCCGGAUGCUAAGCGGCGUGUUGACGAAGCUAAUGUGGAGUGUAAAGCGCCGUUUAGCGCAUGGAUCCGUGCUGCAGAGUCACCCGGGCGUACAGGAAACUGGCCAAGGAGUACCACCCUGACAAGAACCCCAACGCUGGUGACAAGUUUAAAGAAAUUAGCUUUGCCUACGAAGUGCUGACCAACCCGGAAAAGAAGGAGCUCUACGACCGCUAUGGCGAGCAGGGUUUACGGGAAGGUGGCGGAGGGGGUCCCGGGAUGGACGACAUCUUCUCGCACAUCUUUGGGGGCGGCCUCUUCGGCUUCAUGGGCGGCCAGAGUCGCUCCCGCAACGGGGGGCGCCGGCGAGGGGAGGACAUGGUGCACCCGCUCAAGGUGUCCCUGGAGGACGUCUACAAUGGGAAGACCACCAAGCUGCAGCUCAGCAAGAAUGUUCUGUGCAGCUCCUGUAACGGGCAGGGGGGCAAGACGGGCUCGGUGCAGAAGUGCAGCACGUGUCGGGGCCGCGGCAUGCGCCUCAUGAUCCGGCAGCUGGCGCCGGGGAUGGUCCAGCAGAUGCAGUCCGUCUGCACCGACUGCAACGGAGAAGGCGAGGUCAUCAGCGAGAAGGACCGCUGUAAGAAGUGUGAGGGCAAGAAGGUGGUGAAGGAGGUGAAGAUCCUGGAGGUGCACGUGGACAAGGGCAUGAAGCACGGCCAGAAGAUCACCUUCGGAGGCGAGGCGGACCAGGCGCCCGGCGUGGAGCCCGGUGACAUCGUCCUGAUCCUGCAGGAGAAGGAGAACGAGACAUUCCGACGAGAGGGCAACGACCUCUUCAUGAACCACAAGAUCGGCCUGGUGGAGGCGCUGUGUGGCUUCCAGUUCAUGGUGAAGCACUUGGACGGCCGGCAGAUCGUGGUCAAGUAUCCCGCCGGGAAGGUGAUCGAGCCGGGCUCGGUGCGCGUGGUGCGCGGGGAGGGCAUGCCCCAGUACCGGAACCCUUUCGAGAAGGGAGACCUCUACAUCAAGUUUGAGGUUCAGUUUCCCAGCAACAACUGGAUCAGUCCUGAGAAGCUGGUGGAGCUGGAGGACAUGCUGCCGUCUCGGUCGGAGCCGCCCAUCAUCAGCGGGGACACGGAGGAGGUGGACCUGCAGGACUACGACGUCAGCCAGAGCUCGUCCUCGGGGAACCGCCGGGAGGCCUACAACGACAGCUCGGACGAGGAGGGGGGUCACCACGGGCCAGGGGUCCAGUGCGCCCACCAGUAGUCAGACUGCAGCCCCUCAGACUCUCCCCAAACACGGACUUUGGCGGGAGUCCGAGGUUGCCGCCAAAUAUUUAUCGGCUUGUUUAUCCAAGUACCUGAGGCGGCGUCGGCCCCGCCCCGCCCCCCCGACACCCCGCCACCCGUCGAAGGAACAUUUGUGGUCGUCUGAGCUGCGUUUGGUUUUCAGUGUUCACAAUAAAUCAUUUAAGAAGCGCCGGGGCGCGCGGACCCAUGGACUCCGCCCGGCGCCCUCUGUAGGACGUGCUUCUCAUUUUUACAGUUCUUUCUUUGUUGCAAGGUUUUUACCUCCAUUUUAAGUUUCCAGACGGAGAGUUUGCCGACGGCGUGUUCGACUGGACCCGGUCGACUCGCUGCCAUGGUGCCGACACGUGUGCGAGCGCUGCGCUCAGGUCCCGCCCCGCACCUGUUCAAAGAGAUGUCAGAGUCUGUUAAUAAAGUGUUGAACUGCUGCCUGAG